AUGGCUAGUUGGAGAACAAGGGGGCGCAUGUCCAGCCAAGUGUGGAAAUCUACACAUAUUUCUGGUUCUAGCCUUGGAUCCCAUUCGCCCAACCAAUUGCGAAUGAGCUCUUCCGCAGCCGUGGCAUCAGAGAGUGAAAUCGUCGCGGCACAAAAAAACUACAAAGUCGUGCAAGACGCAGGCAACUUCAAUGAAAUCCAAGCGGCUCGUCCAGACUUCAAUCACUCUACAAGUAUUGAAGUAACCAAAUCCCCCAAUCCCAAUUGGAACUAUGGAGACGGAAUCCCAGACAAUGGAGCCAGUCUAGCCCAAGAACACUAUGAGAUCGAUCCCUACGCCCCAGAUCGGCCAAUGAUCCACAACUACCGCCUCCUCGUCUCUGGAAUCGCACCACGACCAGUCGGAUUCCUAAGUACAGUGAACUCCAAAGGUGAAAAGAACCUCUCCCCGUUUAGUUACUUCCAAGUCAUCGACCAUGACCCACCCAUGUUCAUCGUAGGCUUCUCGUCCCGACCCGGUCAUGUCAAAGAUACAUACCACAAUCUCAAAGAAACAGGGGAGUGUGUGAUCAAUACCGUCUCGGAAAACAUGACCGAAGCAGUCAAUGCUGCAUCCAUCGAUGCUCCAUACGGCGUCUCAGAAUGGGACGUUUCGGGUCUACACGAAGCACCCUCCAGCACGGUGAAGCCAGCCCGUGUCGCGGAGUCGGUUUUCAAUAUUGAAGGCAAGGUUAUUGAUAUCAAGGAGUUUACGGAUCAUCAGAAGCCAGGUAUGAGUCUUGCUGCGACGGUGUUGAUUAAGGCGACACGAUUCUGGGUUAAAGAGGGAGCCUCAGAUGCCGAGUUCAGUCAUAUUGAUCUGGAGAAGUUACGGCCUAUUGGUCAACUUGGGGGUAUGUCUUAUGGGCGCAUUUCGUCAACAUUUGAGCACCCGCGGAAGCGGUGGAGUGAGGAGGUCCAACAGAGUGAGACGUUGUCUAGAUUAGAUGCUUGGAAGGGUGGCGAUAGUUGA